AUCAUGGCUGACGAUGAAGAUGUCGAGACCGCCUUGAUACCAAGUCUCUACAAGCCACCCGCCUUGCUGCCAAUUGCGCAACUCAAAGACCAGUUGCUCUACACCAUAGAGACAUAUCCCGUGACUAUUGUCGUGGGUGAGACGGGAAGUGGCAAAACAACACAAAUACCAAAAUUCUUGCUCGAAGCAGGCUGGUGCAAUGGUGGCCAACAGAUAGCAAUCACACAGCCCCGGAGGAUAGCAUGCACGAGCGUCGCAGCAAGAGUAGCAGAAGAGCUGGGCACGCCACUGGGUCAGAAGGUUGGAUACAGUAUUCGGUUUGAAGAUGUUACCUCGGCAGCGACGCAAAUCAAGUUCGUUACAGACGGGCUACUGCUACGCGAAAUGCUCGUCGAUCCACUGCUUUCACGCUAUUCUGUUAUCAUGGUAGAUGAAGCACACGAACGCAGCCUAUCGUCGGAUAUACUGCUGAGCGUGCUGAAGAAAGUGUUGAGAAAAAGAGAAGACUUGAGAGUGGUUGUGAGCAGUGCAACCUUAGAAGCCGAGCGAUUUCUUGACUUUUUCAAUCCUGAUGAACAAGAAAAGGUCCACGGCAAGAGCAAGGAAGAGUUUGGCUACAUUAUUGGUAUUGAAGGGCGAACGUAUCCGGUCGAAAUCCAGUAUCUCCAAGAACCAACCAACAAUUACGUCGAGGCCGCCGUGGAUACAGUCAUGAAGAUCCACGAGCACGAAAACGAGGGCGAUAUUCUUGUGUUCCUGACCGGAAGAGAGGAAAUAGAUGACGCAAUCGACAAACUUGGAGACCAUAUUGCUGAGAUGUCGUCGUCGCAACAAAGGCUCAUGCCUCUUCCACUCUAUGCCGGUCUUCCCACAGAGGACCAAAACCUCAUCUUCACCAAGCCACCACCAGAUACACGAAGAGUGGUCUUUAGUACCAACAUUGCGGAAGCCUCCUUGACGAUUGACGGUAUCGUUUUUGUGGUAGACACGGGCUAUGUCAAACUCCGCGCCUACAAUGCGCACCUGGGCAUUGAAAACCUCGCCGUCGUUCCUGUAUCAAAAGCCAGCGCGACACAAAGAGCCGGACGCGCGGGACGAACCAGGCCUGGAAAAUGCUUCAGGCUAUACACCGAAGCCGUGUAUGAGGGGUUGGAGGAGGCCACAUUCCCCGAGCUCGCCCGCUCAAACCUGGCGCCAGUCAUCCUCCAACUUCUAAACCUCGGCAUUACAAACGUGGUCCGCUUCGACUACCUCUCUCCACCACCCUCCGCACUCGUGACACGUGCUCUCGAUCUUCUGUAUUCCCUCGGCGCCCUGGACGCCCACGCGCGCCUGACAAAACCCCUGGGCACGCGCAUGGCAGAGCUUCCCCUCGAGCCGAUGCUUGCCCGUGCUCUGCUCAAGGCCGCGGAACCUGAGUUUGGGUGCCUGAGUGAAAUGUUAACAAUAGCAGCUAUGAUGACGCUUCAGGGAAAUACAUUUGUAUCCCAUGACGGAGGCAAGAAGCAGUUGGAUGCGGCGAGACGACGAUUUGCAGUCGAGGAGGGUGAUCACCUCACAUUGUACAAUGUGUAUGAGGCUUUUAUGAAAUCAGGAAUGGGUAAUACGUCGUGGUGCCAUUCCAACAACCUAAACCACAAGGCACUUGUCAAGGCAGUGAGUGUGCGCAAACAACUAGCAGCUUACCUGGACCGUUUCGGCGUCAAGGAAAACGUGCUCGCAUCAUCCGGCGUGCUGAGGGUGGGCGGUAUUCCAAUGGCUGAACGAGUAAGGCGCUGUCUUACCUCUGGCUUCUUCGCACACGCAGCGAGAAUGAAGGCAGGCGGCAGUUUUACCACAGUUGAUGGGAAGACGACGCUCUGGGCGCACCCGUCCUCUGUGUUUUUCACGAGAAAGGCAGACUGGGUCAUCUACACCGAGAUACAGUCUACACGAGACAAAAUCUACAUUCGCGAUCUGAGCAAGGUGGACAUGGACUGGUUGACCGAGUACGCGCCCGAGUAUUACAAGAUCAAAAAUGGAGGCAGAUAG